AUGAGCCAGGACCGUCCCGAUAGUGGUACGACGUUGGGGUCACGAACAGGAAGGCGCGCUUCAACCGAAUCUGCUCCUGCAAGUGUCGAUACAUCUUCUGAGUCCGGCCAAGAGGAAGAUUUUGCUCCGAUUCACAGUGCACCAACAAACCAGCCUGAUGGAGGCUCAGAGGAAGCUCAACUGACUGAUACAAGUCUUGCACAAACAUUGACCCACCGACGCAGCUAUGCGUCCGGCCAUGAGGGCGAAGAAUGGGCAACGAUCGAACGGCUGAUUUCUCGGAUGUUUGGUGAAGAGCGAAAAGCAAACUCCGAGGAAGAAAAUACAAGACAUGCCGGAGUAGUCUGGAAGAACCUGUCUGUCAAAGGCGUGGGCCUUGGAGCAGCUCUCCAGCCCACCAAUGGCGAUAUCUUUCUUGGUAUCCCGAGGUUGAUCAAAAGAUUAUUAAUUCGGGGUAGAAAGAGCACUGGAGCUGGAAAGGCCGAUAUUCGCACUAUUUUGAAUGAUUUCACCGGUUGCGUCCGACCGGGAGAAAUGCUUCUCGUGCUGGGUCGUCCUGGAUCCGGUUGUUCAACCUUUUUGAAGGUGAUUGGAAAUCAACGAUAUGGAUAUGAGAGCAUCGAAGGCGAUGUGAGGUAUGGCGGAGCUGAUUCGUCCACCGUGGCAAAGAGCUAUAGGUCAGAGGUGUCAUAUAAUCCCGAGGAUGAUCUUCACUAUGCCACUUUGACUGUGCGAGACACGUUGCUCUUCGCUCUCAAGACCAGAACCCCGGAUAAAUCCUCACGAAUUCCAGGAGAGAGUCAGAAAGAUUACCAGCAGACGUUUCUCACAGCGAUCGCCAAGCUCUUUUGGAUCGAGCAUGCUUUAGGAACUCGAGUUGGCAACGAGCUUAUCCGAGGAGUUUCUGGAGGAGAGAAAAAGCGAGUGUCGAUCGGGGAGGCCAUGGUUACCAAAGCUAGCACACAAUGCUGGGAUAACUCGACGAAAGGUCUGGACGCGAGCACGGCACUCGAGUAUGUCCAGAGCUUGAGAAGUUUGACCAAUACCGCGCACGUCUCAACGCUAGUCGCUCUUUACCAAGCUUCUGAAAACUUGUUUAAUCUGUUCGAUAAAGUUAUCCUGAUUGAAGAUGGAAAGUGCGCUUUUUACGGUCGAUCCGAAGACGCCAAGGCCUACUUUGAACGACUGGGUUUCGAGUGUCCACCACGAUGGACAACCCCUGAUUUCUUGACAUCUGUCAGUGAUCCACACGCAAGACGCGUCAAGCCUGGUUGGGAAGACCGGAUUCCCCGUACCGCUGACGAGUUUCAAGCUGCAUAUCGCCACAGUGAUGCUUUCAAGGCUUCCUUCACCGACGUUGAAAGGUUUGAGAAAGAGAUACAAGAAGGGGCGCACGAAAAAGAGACUGCCAGAAAGAACAUGAAGACUAAGAAUUACACUGUCUCAUUUUGGAAGCAGGUUAUGAUUCUUACUCAUCGGCAAUUUCUCGUGAUGUUUGGAGACCGAGCGGCGCUGGCUGGGAAAUGGGGGGUCAUUAUCUUCCAAGCUUUGAUCGUGGGGAGUUUGUUCUUCAACCUCCCCAAUACAAGCUCUGGAAUUUUUACUAGGGGAGGUGUCAUGUUCUUCAUCCUUUUGUUUAAUGCUCUGCUUGCUCUAGCAGAGCUCACGUCGGCAUUUCAUAGUCGACCAAUUCUUCUGAAACACAAAAGCUUUUCCUUCUAUCGCCCAUCAGCGUAUGCCCUGGCGCAGGUUGUCGUGGAUGUUCCGUUGGUGUUUAUUCAGGUUGUGCUCUUUGACCUAAUAGUAUAUUUCAUGGCAAAUCUUUCCCGGACACCUUCCCAAUUUUUCAUUAAUUUGCUUUUCAUUUUCAUACUCACUAUGACGAUGUACUCGUUCUUCCGAUCUCUUGGAGCGUUAUGUGGAUCACUGGACAUUGCUACUCGCCUUACUGGAGUUGCAAUUCAGGCACUUGUUGUGUACACGGGAUACCUCAUCCCUCCUUGGAAAAUGCACCCGUGGCUCAAAUGGCUUAUCUGGAUCAACCCCAUGCAAUAUGCCUUUGAAUCAUUGAUGGCCAACGAGUUUCACAAUCUCGAUAUCAUAUGCGAGGCACCAUACAUCGUUCCUGCGGGUCCAAAUGCAUCUCCAGGUCAUCAGACCUGCGCUAUACAAGGAAGCACUCCUGAUAAGUUAACAGUCAAUGGGGCCGACUAUAUCAAGACUGCCUUCACGUAUAGCCGCGCGCAUUUGUGGCGCAACUUUGGCAUCAUCAUUGGAUGGUUUCUCUUCUUCGUCGCUCUGACAAUGCUCGGAAUGGAGAUCCAGAAGCCUAACAAGGGUGGAAGCUCCGUCACAAUUUUCAAGAGAGGUGAAGCACCGAAGACGGUGGAAGAUGCAAUUGAGCAUACUGGGCCACCAGUGGAUGAAGAGUCAGCGACAAAGAAUGGUGCAACUCCCGAAUUGAAGGAUAAAGAAACAAAUGAGAAAGUUCAGGACAUUGCCAAGAGUACAUCGAUUUUCACUUGGCAGGACGUGAACUAUACGAUCCCCUACAAAGGUGGUCAGCUGAAUUUGCUACAAGGUGUUCACGGUUAUGUCAAGCCCGGUCGGCUUACAGCGUUGAUGGGCGCAUCUGGUGCAGGAAAAACCACACUUCUCAAUGCCUUGGCACAGAGAAUCAACUUCGGAGUCGUCACUGGCAGCUUCUUGGUCGAUGGAAAACCUCUCCCAAAAAGCUUCCAAAGAGCGACCGGGUUUGCCGAACAAAUGGACAUUCAUGAACCAACUGCGACUGUGAGAGAGUCCCUAAGAUUUUCAGCCCUCUUGCGUCAGCCAAAGGAAGUGCCAGCGAAAGAAAAGUACGAUUACUGCGAGAAGGUUAUUGACUUACUCGAAAUGCGGCCCAUUGCUGGCGCGACGGUCGGAUCCCAGGGAUCUGGAUUGAACCAAGAGCAGAGAAAGCGACUCACUAUUGCGGUGGAGCUUGCCAGCAAGCCAGAAUUACUUCUAUUCCUGGACGAGCCAACUUCCGGUCUCGACUCGCUCGCAGCUUUCAAUAUUGUCCGCUUCCUUCGGAGAUUGGCAGAUGCAGGACAAGCCGUACUUUGCACUAUUCACCAGCCAUCGGCUGUGCUUUUCGAGCAGUUUGAUGAUCUACUUCUGCUGAAGAGUGGUGGUCGGGUGGUAUACAACGGUGCUCUUGGACUCGACUCCAAGACCCUGAUAGACUACUUUGAGCGCAAUGGAGGAAAAAAGUGCCCGUCUAAUGCUAACCCGGCAGAGUACAUGCUCGAGGUCAUCGGUGCUGGCAACCCGGAUUAUAAGGGCCAAGACUGGGGUGAUGUGUGGGCCGACUCUCCAGAAUCCAAGAAGCUUACAGAUGAGGUAGAGAACAUUAUCAGCUCCCGCCAUGAGAUGCAAGACGACGAAAAGAUCAAAGAUGAUCGGGAAUAUGCAAUGCCUCUCUAUACGCAAAUCGUGGCAGUGACUAGGAGAGCAUUCGUGGCAUAUUGGAGACUUCCUGAUUAUAUUUUGGGCAAAAUGAUGCUUCAUAUCUUUACCGGCCUUUUCAAUACGUUCACAUUCUGGCAUCUUGGGAACAGCUAUAUUGACAUGCAGUCGAGACUCUUCUCCAUCUUCAUGACCCUUACUAUCUCGCCCCCUCUCAUUCAGCAGCUACAGCCACGAUACCUUCAUUUCCGAGGGAUCUACGAGUCGCGCGAGUCCAGCUCCAAAAUGUACUCAUGGGUUGCAUUUGUAGUGAGCACAAUCUUACCAGAGCUCCCAUACUCGAUUUUCGCAGGAUCUGUGUACUUCAACUGCUGGUACUGGGGUAUCUGGUUCCCUCGCGACUCGUUCAGCUCGGGCUAUACAUGGAUGCUGCUCAUGGUGUAUGAGUGCUACUAUAUCGGCUUCGGCCAAUUCAUUGCAGCCUUUGCACCAAAUGAGUUAUUUGCAUCUCUGCUAGUUCCAUCAUUCUUCACCUUUGUCGUGUCGUUUUGCGGUGUUAUCGUUCCCUAUUCAGCUCUACCUCAUUUUUGGCAAUCCUGGAUGUAUUGGCUUACGCCUUUUCACUAUUUGCUCGAGGGACUCCUGGGUGUUGUCACCCACAAAGUUCCCGUGCAAUGCGUGGAACGCGAAGAGGCCCAAUUUAGUCCGCCUUCCGGCAUGACUUGCCAAGAAUAUGCAGGUGCUUAUGCACGGGAAGCUGGUGGUUAUGUCCGUGAUGCCGCGAAUGGGAUGUGCGCAUAUUGCCAAUUUUCGGAGGGUGACACGUUCGUAAGUAUACCAGAAGCACCCACUGUGCGAACGGAGGCUAACAAGAAGAUCUACUAG